AUGCCAACAUCGGUGGUGAAGAAGAAGAAGGGGGUGACCACUAUCCCUGAGGCCCAACAGCCAGCUCCUGCCGCGCCUCCUCCGGUGCGGAAGGAAGACGAUGACUCCCGAGCCUCAGCGUCCGGGUCAUCCUCGCGAGAUCCAGAAGCCCGUCCUCGGGAGAAGGCGAUCUCCACUGCCAAGCUAGCUCCUGAGGCCUCUGCCCCGAGCUCGCCUUCUGAGGUCGUGAAGGCUCAGGAGCCCCCGACUCCUGCUGCCGCAAUCCUGCAGACCCUGGUGCCGAUGCCGCCUCUUCCCACUUCCGUCGCACUACUGGGCCGUGGUCCCCCUGCUUCGCCUGAUGCCCUGGAGGACGCCCUCCUUGCACUGACCCAACUUCGUAAUGACCUUCAGGGUACCGACAGUCGGCUGGCGUCGGGUCGACUGGAGUUGGUCGCGGGGUGGCUGCGAUCCGACGCGUCCGUGAGGGCGGCAUGUGGUCAGGCCAUCAUAGCUUCUGAGGAGGAUAAGCGGGCCGCCGACCUGGCCGCAUCCGCCCCUGAGGUGGCAUUGAAGGAUGCCGAGGCCGCCAAGGAGCGCUGCCGGUUGGCGGACGCCGAGCUAGAGGGCAUGCGCAAAGAGCGCGUCGCUGAGGCCCGGGAGCGCGUGGCGUGGGAGGAUAAGAUGAAGGCUCGGGAGGACGCGGUCGCCGAUCGUGACGCUGAGCUGGAGCAGUCGGCGCGGGCGCAGGCCGUGGAGCGCGGCCGCCUAGAGGAGCUGGAGAAGAAGGUGGACGCGGAGAAGGCCCAGCUGGAGUUCAAGGCAAAGGUUCUUGCUGAAGAUCAUGUGGCCUUCAAAUCCCUUGAGCUGAUGUCCCGCGAGACGCUGCGAGAGCUCUUCGGGAAGGGCUUGAAGAAGCCAUUGGCGACUAAUGAGGAAGGCCCUGCCAAGCUACUCCCUUAUCUCGUCACGGUGCUCGAGGGCGUUGUUAACGGGAUCGGCCCCAUGGUGGAGGGGGAAGCCUGCGCGCUCUCCUCUUGGCCCUGA